GUUGCAAUAAAAUCAAAAAAUACUAGCUUAGUAAAAAAAUUAUCGUGCCAAUACUUCCUCAAUAAUUUUUUAAUACUUCCUUAAUUUGUCUGAAAAUCGUUGCCAAAUUUAUUUGAUAAUGAACUUGACCUUUUUAUAAAUGGCAUCGAAAGCGAAUUCUAAAUACAAAGCUUCACACAUAUAUAAAGUUCAACAAAUAUAUAAACCAACCAAAAAUUAUAGGAUAAAAGUUAUCGCCAUGCUCUUCUCAACUGGAUUUUGGUGUGUUACGCUGCUUUUAACAUAUAUCGAAACAAUUCAAAUUAUACCGACAUUUGAAGAUUUCGAAAAAGCAAAAACCGACCUUUUAACUUUAAUUGAAUCUGUUAAGGUAAACAGAGACUUACCGAUGAUUGCUGGUUGCGUUCGUUUAGCAUUUCACGAUUGCAUUGGCAAAAACAAUUGUGAUGGAUGCAUCGAUCAUACAAACAGGGGAAAUGCAGGCUUAAAAGAUACAACUGAUCGUCUUGAUUCCUUAUACGAUUUAUCUUAUAAAGGAAAAAUUUCCAGAGCAGAUUUCUACGCUUUAGCCGCUGUGGUUGCCCUAACUAGGUCGACUGUUGACGCUCCAGUAAAAUACUUAGGAUUAAAGUACUUUAAAGUUGGCAGAGAAGAUUGUGAAACCUCUCCUAAUCAAGUUCAAAGCGUUAAACCGCCACUUGGCACCGACGGUACGCAAAAAACUUUUAAAUUUUUUAAAGACCAAUUUAACUUUAACGUUAGAGAAGCUGUAGCCCUUUUAGGAGCGCACACGUUAGGAAGAUGUGAGUUGGAAAACACUGGUUUUGUAGGAACUUUUGUUGAUGAAAGAUUUUCGACAGUUACUCAGGGUCCAAACACGUUAGCUCCAACAAGCGUUCUUGACAACGCUUAUUAUAGAAUGAUUAUUGAUAUUGUACCAUGGAUACAAGUAACCAUCAAUGGAACAAAAAGACAGUGGCAGUUACCAAGUCACCCAAUACCAAAUGAUAAACUGCCUGAGUCUGAAAGGACACCGUUACUUUUGAAUUCAGAUAUGGCAAACUCUUGGAUUAUCAAGCCAACCGAUGAAAACGGAGCGGUAUCUUGCACUCCAACUUCUAAAACAAAUCCGUGUCAACAUUCGUUUGCUCAUCGACACGCUCUUCAAUUUGCGCACGACAACGCAUUGUGGGUAAAAGAAUUUACUAAGGUUUUCGGUCGGAUGAUUGAGUUGAACCGAAACGUGUUAACCGAUGCUCCAACAGCAGCUCAUGCUACAAACUAUUACAAGUAAAUCAAAACAAAACAAAACUUAUUAUCAGGUUGUAUUUUUUGAUAAUUUUUAAUUUACAAAGGGGUUUUGUAAAA